AUGAAUCAAGAUAAUAACGAAAAGGACGACUCUGUAAAGCAUUCUCAGCCAAUUCCGAUGACUACCCACCACUGGAGACAUCGUUCCAUGUCACUCUCGUCGGACGCGUCCACUUUACCUGGCUCUCCCCCUCAAAUACAAACCCCCUUGAGCCUAAACUCUCCCCGUGUUCCAGUUGCUUCCCCAUCUAGUUCUCCCAUCCUUUCGUUCUUAUCUCAGUCACCAACCUCAAAAUCCCCAACUUCUGUUCCUUACCGCGGCUUUGGUGCUCAACCUUCGUUUGAUGAUGACACCCCCGAGGAACUUCCAGCAACUGUUCAUGCUCGCCGGUCUGGGCGGUUUGCGCCCGCUCCACCUGCCCCUGAAGCCCAGCAGGACCGCGGUGCUGCGUUGCUACGGCGCCUAUCCCUCGGAAGCGCGCUCGCGAAGCCUCCCGGUGUGGAUCAUACUACCUCUCGAAGUCCCACGAGCCCCACUGCUCCACCUAACUCCGCAGUCUCCCCUACCCUGACUUCUUUACCCGUAUUCCCUGUUCGCAAGACAAGGCGCUCAGCUACGGUGAGCAUUGACUCUGGACGCCAACGUCGCGCGCCUUCUCCCAUGGGCGAGAGGAUCCUCAAGGGUCAUUUCGACGGCUUCAACUAA